UUUCUCACUUUCAAAUUCCACAGUGAAGCAACAUUGUAUUCAGUUGUUACGCUAAAUUUGAUCGCAAUAUGACAACCAGUGUGUUCACGGCAGUUAUUUACACCAGUCGAUCUCGAGUGUGCUCUGCGAUUUUUGCGAUGGAAGCGUUAAAAAUGUUAGAGAAAGCAUAUGGUAAGUGAUGCCUAUAAAAAACGCAAACAUACGAAUGGUACAAGACAUUUAAAGAGGGCCGAGAAGAAGUGCAAGAUUUGCCGCGUGCCGGCUGACCGUCAAUGGUUUCGACUGACAAAAACAUCGAAAAGAUAAUAAAAAAUGGUCAUCGAUAAUCGUCGCCUGAGUGUUAGAGAGGUGGCUCAUGAAGUGGAAAUGUCUCACAUGUCCGUGCGUAACAUUUUAACUGAAGUUUUGGGCAUGAGACACGUCGCUGCACGACUUGUUCCGAAGGAGCUGAAUUUUCUGCAAAAAGAACAUCGAAAAGCAGUUGCUGAAGACAUGAUUUCACGAGUUUCUAGUGACUUUACUUUCAUGAAACGCAUCAUAGCCGGUGACGAAACAUGGAUUUAUGAGUACGAUAUGUAAACAAGUCAACAAUCUUCGGAAUAUCGCUCAGAAAAUGAACCAACCCGUAAAAAACCGCGUCAAAGUCGCUCGAAAAUUAAGGUUAUGCCUACUGUUUUCUUUGAUUAUCGUGGUGUUGUUCAUUCGGAACUCCUUCCAGAUGGACAAACAGUAAAUAAAGAAUAUUAUUUCAGCGUCAUGAGACGCUUGCGUGAAAAUAUUCGUCGGAAACGGCCAGAUGUGUGGAAAAACAAUUGUUGGAUUCUGCACCACGAUAAUGCUUCGUCGCACACAUCGAUCUUGGUACGCGAAUUUUUGGCCAAGAACUCAACAAAUGUGAUCGAACAAGCACCGUAUUCAUCAGAUAUGGCCCUCUGUGAUUUUUUCUUAUUUCCGAAACUCAAAUUACCCCUUCGAGGAAGGCGUUUUGAGUCGAUGGAGGCCAUAAAAGAAAAUUCGCAGAAGGAGCUGAAAGCGCUACCUUCUCCAGCGUUUAAAAAGUGUUUCGAAGACUGGGAGAAGCGUUGGCGUAUGUGCAUUGCUUCUGAUGGGGCCUACUUUGAAGGCGACAAAAUAAAUUUGGAUGAUCAAGUAAGCAAUUUGAGUUUUAUUUACAAAUACCGGGUACUUAUUUUACAUAAUGUAUAUAUUAUUAAAAGAAAAAAAGAAUCGAUUUCUAGCGCUCGGGGUAAAGCCAGAGAGGCACGUCGAGAUCCCUCAAGCUUCCAUCGAAAUUCUUCCGAACGUUGGCUCGCGCAGGCCGACUUUUUGCGCGAGCGAUACAAAGGAGUGCUCCCCGGAAAUGGAUUUAUUAAUCUUGCGAAUGGGAAAAGGUACGCGUUAUCGAUCCGUCCGGCGGCAAGGAAGGGUUUGCGCCGCGGUAAAAGACGGCAAAAGCCCCCGCCCUCUCGCACGGAAACCUCGACGAUGAAAUACCAAGACAGUGUUCUCGCGUUACGUUCUCGACCGCGCGAAAGUCGUCGAUUCGAUUUCUCCGGGUUUUACUAUCCGGCGUCGAAUCGCACGGUGGAGCCUCGUGAACCCUGUAACCCGAUCCCGUGGAACAAAACUUUAGGCGCAAUUGCACAACGUUACCGGUGACAGCCGGCAGACAAGUUUUCGGUGCAUGCGCCACGGCGAACUGACAGUCACGAAUCGAGCCGUGAGGCAAGAUGCGUCGCGCGGACGGAGAAAAAGCAUCGCGGAAAGUAGACGCGACGUAAAAUUGAAAAUGUAACGGGAACACGCACGAGCGCGCCUCGGGGUUUCGGAAACCCAUCGGCGAGGAAAGGCGUUGACCUCGCCGCUGCAUCGUCUUCGGGGCGAAAGCCGCGAGAUACAGUUGCUCGCGAAUGUAUUCCAACUCUUUCGAUCUGCAUCGUUGCAAAAAUAAAAUAUAUACAAAAAUUCACGGUUAAUUUUCAGUUCUCGAAAAGGCACGAGUCUUUACUAUGGGCCUUUGCAAUAUACAGGGAGUUCGGCCACUCCUGGGAAAAAUUUUAAUGGGAGAUUCUAGAGACCAAAAUAGGAUGAAAAUCAAGAAUACCAAUUUGUUGAUUCAGGAUUCGUUAAAAUAAUUCGAUAGUAGUUCUCACCAUAGACGAGGUAUACAAGUAGUCUGGGGCUCUAGAGCUCCAUAAACACGCAUUGUUUGAAUUUUGAAUCAUUAAAAUCCUUCAAUUCGUCCAGAAGUUACGAUUUUUUGAACAUACACACGAAAUUUCAAGGGAAUCGUUCGUUUCUGGUCAGACAUUGUAUUUUCGGUAAAGAAUUUUCUCGAAAAUGGUUAAGAUUUCGGGGGUAUGUCUAUUGACAAAAAAUUAUUGUA